ACAUAUACAACUAAUGCGUUGAAUAUUUCAGCAGUUCAAAAGAAUUUGGGUAUGGCUUGGGGUAAUGAGGCACUUCAAUUCAUCAGAUCACCAUCUCAAGGAAGUGGCUCAAAUAGUGAUGAGGUUACCGUUAAGCGUCGUCCGAGAAGAGCCAAGAAGAAAAGCGACAAGAACGCCGUCGACACGAAAGUGCAUCAUGCGAAUGAAUUCGAAAAGACAAAUCGUUUCAUCGCAUGGUGUGUGUAUUUCAAUUGGAUGAUUCUUUUCAUCUUUGCUUAUAUUCGAGAAUUCCUCAGAAAACACGGCCUCGAGAAGAAUUUAGCUGCGGUCGAGUUACCCAAACAGCGGAGUUUCGUGCCAUUAUUCGCGGAAUUUGAAGCGAUCUACUCUCGAAAUUGCUAUAUGCGAGUUCGAGAUGUCUUCGAACGUCCGAUCGGGAGUGUUCCCGGGGCUACGGUCAAACUUAUUGAUCGUUAUACUGAGGAUUAUUGUUGGUCUUUCAAAUUCACUGGUUCACAAACAGAAGUGAUCAAUAUGGGCUCGUACAACUACUUGGGAUUCGCCCAAAAAGACGGUCCUUGUGCUGAGGCAGCAUCCAGAAUUAUCGACGAUCAAGGAUUGUCGUUGUGCACAUCUGUUCAUGAACGAGGAUUUUCAAAGUCUCAACGGGAGUUGGAGAAAUUACUGGCACGUUUCAUUGGAGUCGAGGAUGCGAUUUGUUUCAGCAUGGGAUUUGCAACAAACUCCAUGAAUCUACCUUGUCUUGCGGAUAAGAAUACACUCAUCAUAAGUGACCAAUACAAUCACGCAUCACUCGUUCUUGGUUGCCGAAUGAGCGGAGCAACGAUCAGAAUCUUUCGACACGACGAUGUGUGCAAUUUGGAGAACUUAAUUUGCGCGGCGAUUCGGGAUGGAAAUCCGAAGACAGGCUAUCCGUUCCGCAAGAUUCUGAUAAUAAUCGAGGGUAUCUACUCGAUGGAAGGCUCGAUUUGUAAUCUGCCCGAAAUUAUCGCUCUUAAGAAGAAAUACGGCGCUUAUUUAUAUCUUGAUGAAGCACAUUCAAUCGGAGCGUUAGGAGCAACUGGUCGAGGUGUUGUCGAAUACUGGGGUUGUGAUCCAUAUGACGUCGACAUCUUAAUGGGUACUUUCACAAAAAGUUUCGGCGCUGCUGGUGGUUAUAUUGCUGGACGUAAGAAAAUAAUUGACCAUAUCCGUACGAAUACCGCCACUGGCGUUUAUGCCCCGCCGAUGUCACCACCGGUGGCACAACAAAUCUACAGUUGUAUGUCGAUUAUUAUGGGUCUUGACGGCACUCAGGAUGGUGCGCGCCGUAUCGAGCAACUGAAGCGUAAUACGCACUAUUUCCGAAAGCAUCUGAAACGAAUGGGACUGAUCGUUUACGGUUCUGAUGACAGCCCUGUUGUACCCAUUCUUAUCUAUUACCCCACCAAAUGCGGUUUAUGGGGUCGUGAGAUGUUGAAACGGCAAAUCGGAGUGGUGGUGGUAUCAUUCCCGGCCACGGAUAUGGUCGAAAGUCGCGUUCGGGUAUGCCUGAGUGCAGCGCAUACGAAGCCAAUGCUAGACAAGACUCUGCAAGCAAUCUAUGAAGUGAGUCAAAUAAGUAACAUCAAAUAUUCGAAAGGAAUGCAACAGUACGACAAAUCACCCAUUGAGUGGUAA